GAAAAAACAGACGGAGACAACCAGCCAGGGAGGAGGAGAGAGGGGACUCAGAUUUCGGUGUUGUGGAUGUGCACACGCCCUCACACAGUGUGACUGAGCAGAGAGACAGGGCGUCGCAGUUUUCCAGGUCAGUCCUUCACGUCACACACCGAUUAUGGAGAGGAGGAGGAUGGAUGCAGCACUGCUGGUGCUGCUCCUGGGACACUUCGCCGCUGCGCUGGAGGUCCCACUAGACCUACUGGAAGGAUUGCCGCAGCCACCGACCAUAACUCACCAAUCCCCCAAGGAUUACAUCAUCGACCCCCGAGAGAACAUUAUAAUCCACUGUGAGGCGAAGGGGAAGCCUCAUCCCAGUUUUUCCUGGACAAGAAACGGGACACACUUUGAUAUCGAUGAGGACCCCAAUGUCAGCCUGAGGCCCCACUCUGGGACCCUGGUGGUGGAUAUCACCAGAGCCAAGGCUGACCAGUACGAGUCUGUGUACCAGUGCACGGCGAGGAACAAACAUGGAACUGCAGUUUCCCAUAACAUCGUCGUAAGACAGUCCAGGUCCCCCUUGUGGUCAAAGGAGAAAAUCAAACCAAUCGUGGUUCAGGAGGGCGUGUCCCUGGUGCUGCCUUGCCGCCCCCCUGCUGGCCUGCCCCCUCCCAUCAUAUUCUGGAUGGACAAUUACUUCCAGAGGCUUCCUCAGAGCAACAGGGUGUCCCAGUCCCUAAAUGGAGACCUUUACUUCUCCAAUGUGCUCCGAGAGGAUUCCAGGAGCGACUACAUCUGCUACGCCCGCUUCCCCUAUACACAAACCAUCCAGCAGAAGCAACCAAUCAGCGUCAAGGUCCUCAGCCUGGAUGCAAUCAAUGACACAAUGGCAGCUUUUUACAAUGACACUGAUUUAUUUAGUGACGACCCAGCAGAGGAGAGGAAGCCAACCUUCCUCAUCCCAUCUGGCCCCUCCAGCUCCAAAACCGUGCUGAGAGGACAGGUGCUGGAGAUGGAGUGUAUCGCCGAAGGACUGCCCACACCGGACAUCUCCUGGACCAAAGUAAGUGGUGAGCUCCCUGCCAAGCGCAUGCACUUCCUGCACUACCAGAAGACCCUUCGCAUUGUAAACGUGUCAGAAUCAGACGCCGGAGAUUACCGCUGCACUGCCAGGAAUAAGCUCGGCUCGGCGCACCACAACAUCCACGUCAUGGUCAAAGCCGCUCCAUAUUGGAUCAGCGGACCACCCAGAAACCUUGUUCUCGCUCCAGGAGAGAACGGGGUGCUGACCUGUAGGGCCAGUGGCACGCCUAAACCUUCCAUCACCUGGGCCAUGAACGGCAUCCCCAUUGAGAAUUCUCCUAAGGAUCUGAGCAGAAAGGUGUUGGAUGACACCAUCAUCUUCAGUGAUGUACAGACAGGGUCCAGCGCUGUUUACCAGUGUAACGUCUCCAACGACUACGGCUACCUCCUGUCCAACGCCUUUGUCAAUGUGCUCUCUGAGCCACCCAGAGUGCUGACACCAGCCAACAAAGUCUACCAGGUCAUCAAAAACCACCGUGCCCUGAUGGACUGCUCCUCCUUUGGAUCACCCAUCCCUAAAAUUACCUGGUUCAAAGACAGUCGGGCAAGCACGCUGGACGGAGACCCUUACAUCCUCCAUGACAAUGGCACUUUAGAGAUUCACACAGCUCAAGCACACUAUGCAGGAAAAUACACCUGUGUGGCCAGGAACUCACUGGGGAAAGAAGAGAAUCACGUCUACCUAGAGGUCAAAGAACCUACCCGGAUCCUGAAGCAGCCGGAGUAUAAGGUGGUCCAGAGGGGCCGGUCUGCUGUGUUUCAGUGUAAAGUGAAACACGACCCCUCACUCGUCCCCAUCAUGACGUGGCGCAAAGACGAUGGAGAGCUGCCUGAUGAUGAGAGAUUUUAUGUCGACUCAGACAGCCUCACCAUUACUGAAGUGACAGAGAACGACGCGGGCGUGUACACCUGCAUCAUGAACACAACUCUGGACCAUGACUCAGCCAGCGCUGAGCUCACUGUUGUUGAAGCCACGCCGACACCAGCUGUUGUCAUUGAGCAACCCGACCCCCCCACUGACCUCGAGCUCACAGACCAGAAAAAGAGGAGUGUUCAGCUCACAUGGACCCCCGGGGAAGAGCAUAACAGUCCUACUCAGAAAUUUCUGAUUCAGUAUGAAGACUCACUGCAUCACCGAGGUCACUGGCAUAACCUCACCGAGGUCCCUGGAGCCAAGACGACAGCUCACCUCAAACUGUCACCCUACGCCCACUACACCUUCAGAGUCCUCGCCCUCAAUGCGGUGGGUUUUAGCCUUCCCAGUCUUCCCUCCAGGCUGUACAAGACAGAACCUGCAGCUCCAGACGAGAACCCAACAGGUGUUCAGGGAUUUGGGACUGAACAUGAUAAUCUUGUAAUCUCAUGGAAGCCGCUGACAGGCCUCCAGUCAAACGGUCCGGGGCUUCACUACAGAGUGAUGUGGAGGCAGAAGUCGGUGAACAGCGAGUGGAGCACAGCGACUGUUGCUAACACCUCCAAGUUUGUUGUGUCUGGGACGCCCACGUUUGUUCCAUAUGAGCUAAAAGUUCAGGCUGUAAACGACCAUGGAGUGGCCCCUGACCCUCCGAUCGCCCACGGUUACUCAGGAGAGGACUUGCCUGUAGCAGCUCCAGACAACGUGCAGGCAAUGGUGGUGAACAGCACUCUAGCAGAAGUCUACUGGGACCCUGUGCCUUCUAAACUAAUACGAGGACAUCUUAAAGGAUAUAAGGUGUACUACUGGAAAGAGCGCAGCCUUCACAGACACAACCCCCACCAUGUGGAGAAGCAGAUCCUGACCUUCAGAGGGAACCACACCCAAGGCAGACUGCCUGGCCUGCACCCCUACAGCCUGUACUCAUUCAAUGUCAGGAUUUUUAACGGCAGGGGGGAGGGGCCGCCCAGCCCCACACAGCAGUUUGAGACACCUGAGGGAGUGCCUGGACCUCCCACCUCCCUGUUGGUCACUAACAUGGACCUGGACUCUCUGACGCUUGAGUGGAGUCCUCCUCAUUUACAUAAUGGACGCAUCACAGGCUACACCCUCAAAUAUCAGCCAGUCAAUAACUCCAACGAGCUGGGCCCAGUGGAGGAGCUGGCCCUGCCCGCCAAUGAGACCUCAGUCACUUUGUCCAACCUCAGGCACAGCACACGCUACAAGUUUUAUUUGAUUGCCAAAACAGUCAGGGGAGCAGGCCCCGCCAUUUCUCAGGAAACUGUCACUAUCAUGGAAGAAGGAAACACCCAAACCUCUCAUCCCAUUGCACGGUCUCCUCCUCACCAUCCCCACAACAAUGCUCCGCCUGCAAGUCCUUUCAGGAACGUUAGCUCCUUGGUGGGAGAAGACGGGGCCCUGAUCAGUUGGGAGUACUGGGGGCCAGAGAGAAACAUUUACGUAGAAUACAAAUUAGAAAACAGUGAAGACGAGUGGCAGAGAGAGCUUGUGAACGGCUCUCAGAAUGUUAUGCUGAAGAGCUUAAAGAGGGGUCUCUCCUAUAAUGUGCGUUUGGUGGCGAAAGGUCACCACGACCAGCCGCUCCACCAAUCAAAGGAGCUUUUGGUCAUAUUCCCAGCUGUGGCGAGCAGACAGGUGGACAUCGCCACUCAGGGAUGGUUCAUCGGCCUCAUGUGUGCCAUUGCUUUGCUCAUCCUGAUCCUCCUCAUUAUCUGCUUCAUCCAGAGGAAUAAAGGAGGAAAAUACCCCGUCAAAGAGAAGGAGGACGCACACACUGACCCAGAGUUCCAGCCCAUGAAAGACGAUGACUGUACUUUUGGGGAAUACAGUGACAAUGAGGACCAUAAACCGUUAAAAGGGAGCCGCACGCCGUCUAAUGGGACAGUUAAGAGAGACGACAGUGACGACAGUUUAGUUGACUACGGGGAAGGAGGAGAUGGACAGUUCAACGAGGACGGCUCAUUUAUCGGACAGUAUAGUGGAAAGAGCGUCAGCAGGGAGACUGCUGAGGGCCACGAGAGCUCCGAGGCCCCGUCCCCUAUUAACGCCAUGAACUCCUUGAACUCUUUUGUGUAGCUGAUCGGCGCUCACAGACUUUUAAUAUGACUGCUCGAUCCCCUGAAUCCCUACACUGCUUGGCUUUAUGAUCACAACUCCAUCCCUGAUGCAACACAGGACACACAAGAUGCACACAAAUCAGCAAAGACUUUUAUGUUUUCUUUUUAAAACCCAUGUUCAAGGAUUUAAGGAUGCACUCAACUCACAGUUCAAUACAUGUCACAAUAUCAGGUUCACAAUAUGAUUUUAUCAUAGUGUAUUUUGCUUGAUUCUUUAAUUUUUGCAGACAAUUCAUGAAUAAAUGUGAUUCUUUUAAAUAUAACAAAUAUAAAGAAUAACCCUUAUCUUGUACAUAGUACUUUUAAUUUUGCUGUUGUAUUGUUAAAAAUCAAAGAAAGACACAAUGCACCCCCUGCUGGUUAAAAUUAGUAUUGCAAUAUAUAUUUUUGUUUAAUAGAUGAAAACAGUCCAUUAUUGUAUGGACUUUUGUAUUGCUUUGUGAGGUAUUGUUACAUCCUUGCAUGGGUUUGUUCCAUUAUACAGCUGACCAAGCAGCAUUCACCAAGGCAGUCAGAAAAUAUCUCAGCCUGACAUUUGAUUUUUACUGUGCAUGAAAUACCUGAUAUGACUUAAAUCCAUAUAUUAAUUAAUAUUUUAGAAUUAACACGUGUGGCAUUCUCACCACAAAUUUCACAUGGACUAUGCAGUGCUUGUCUGAACUUUAUUUGUUUCUAUUAUAUUAUCUACUAUGUUCAAAUAGUAACCAUUGUCUACAGUAAAUGCCUAUUACUCCAUGUAUUUCCUUCCAACACAGAAGCUUGUACCUGACUCUGUAUUUGAUAAUGUAACUCCUUUAUGUAUUCCAUUAUGCAUUUACAGUGCACAAGGCAGAUCAUGUACAGUGUGUAUAUAUAAAGUGAACUAAACUGAAUAUUUGGAGCAGAGCGCACAGCAUGCUUGCAAUUGCUGCACUGACACAUCCUCAUCUGUCACUGCUCUGCUGCAUCCAUGAUGGAGGAAAACGCUGCAUGGCAUGUCAUCAAACCUCCAUCACCUUUGCCCUGCAUGUAACCUCUUAUUGAGCUUGACCUGAAGGCCAGUGGUGGUAGAGGGAGGGUACGGUGAGGGUGUGACAACUCGCUUCAGCCCCUCCGGUGCGUCUUCAGAAGGUAGUGCCUUUUUGAAUCGAUCCUGGAGUGUCUUUUUGGCCGUGACUGAACAGAGACAAUAGCAGGACUGCAGCAGCCUAAUCUGAGGAUGGAUGAGAUAAGCCGCAGAGGAGGACUCUAUGGAGGGAGGUAUGAUUCAUAUACUCUUGUGAUCUUAUUUUAAAGACUCCUCCUGAUGCCUAGAGGCCAUAGGCUAGCUUUUAUUCCUGGAAACGCAGCCACACGGGAUCAAACUAAAACACUGUUUAAACUCUGUCUGGUGCAGUCAUCAUGUACAGUACCUGAGUGUAUCUGCAGCGUGUGAAUGUACGGGUGUCUAUGAGUGUGUAUGUGUGAAUACUGUACAUUAUUCAGUCCGUAUUAAGCAAACACUGUUCACUGAUACUAACCACACUUGAGGGCCUUUGGAUGGGAUCAAGAACUUUUUUUCUUAACUUGCAUCAAGUUUUUUUUUUUUUUUUAUUAUUUUGAAGAUGUGUAGAAUAUUUGUUGAAUUUGUAAAUACAUGAAUGAUUGUACAGGAACAAGCAGCUUCUACGGCAGCCUAAGAGGCAAUAUUGUGCAUGAUGGUUUAACUUGUUGAUAGGGCUGUAUUAAAUAUAGAGAACUUGUAGAGAAUAAAUAUAUAUAUUCAUUUUUUUUUUGCUGUGCACAGUGUAUAUUGUACUGUAACUAACUGGACAGAAAAUUGCAUACUGUAUAAAAAUGAGUUGUGAUUGUUUUCUGAUUUGCUUGUUAGUGAUUUACAUAACUGUGGUUAUGUACAUCAACAUACAGCAUCAUGAAUUGAUAUACAGAAUUAUAUUAUUCUGAUUUGUAUUGCUUUUACGUGUUCCCAAUAUACUGCCAAAAUGAUGCUCUUUUCUGACAGUAUUGCAGAUGGUUUUUGUAUUUAAGAAACAGAUUUGUACUAACAUAUUCUUUCUUUGUCUCUAUUUAAGUUUCUCCUUUUAGUGCAAGUAUGAAAUUCAAGCUUCUGGAAAUAUAAUGAAUGAAUAAAUGAUUAUCUGCUUUCA